UACAGUUGCGAGCGCCGUAAAACCUCAACUAAAACUUAACAUCACCAGCUUCCAUCAAGUACAAAGUACAUGACAGUGCAGUAUAAUAUUAUUCAUUUGUCCCAGAUUGCGGUAUUUUCACAUUUUAUGAUUGGUUGAGGAAAAUAGACCACAGCCUGUUGUCCGUAAUAACUACACGGUUUUCGAAUGUCUCUAUCAUGCUCCGAAUAGCAGUCAAAACCGAUAAAUCGUGUUCGUUGAAUAGGAGAGUCGAAUAGUCAAUUGCACCGUUUUAUCUCUGUGACGUAUAACGAUAAAAGUAGACCAAAAUACUUUGUCGACAUGUCUUUAAAUUGAAUAGUGUCACAGUUCUGCAGACACUCCUCAACGAUCUCUCGUCGAUAUAUAUUAUAGUCGAACUGACUAAAAUUUAUUGUUCUUCUAUUCUGUUCUCGGUAUUUUGGAGCUACCACGUAUCUGUGACAAAGUCUCGCGGGCACAAGAGAACUGUGGAUGGGACCGGACUGUCAACUUGACCAAAGGCUCCAACUUCACAUUGAGGAGCCCUGACAUUUCCAUCACCAACCUAAGCAAUGCAGAGCCAUGCCAGAUAACAAUUUCCAUGGCCAAUUACACGCCAAGUCUAGUGUACAAUGUACUUUCUAUACACAUGUACACCUUGAGCUUCAACUUGUCUGGACCUGGGGUCUGUGGCCAAGACUCGGAGCGUCUAGAGGUCUCAUAUUCUGUGGAUAGCACGAUUGAUGAGCACACACCACCGAUGUGUGACGGCCUUCAACAGCUUGCAGUGCGGGAUGAACCAAUGCUACUGUUUUCUCUUCGCACCGGUGAAAGCUUCUUCCCAAACUCGUAA